GACGAGGAGCUGACCCACACACACACGGACUUUUUCUGCUCAUUCCUGCCGAGGACGACGCUGUCAAAGUCGGGAUUAAUGUCUGCUGGGCGGCGGCAGCGGCGAGCGUGUGGAAGGACAGCUGGCUGCAGUCGGAGGAUGCCCUGUGGCUUUGUCUGAAUCAGCGUGUUCUGGUUCCUUCAGACCUGUGACACUCAAGACAGCAAGGCACACAGCCUGGCAGGUUCCAGCAGUAGGUGCUCUCUGCUCCACCAGCUUUGACUCGGCUGCCACAGAUGCUGCUUGAUUCAUUGCUGUCCAGCAUCCCCUACGUUUGAGGCUAAAGUAUUCACCAUUCAUCAUUGUGAUACUACAUUAAGGCCCUGUGGCCUUUAGCUUCAUGGCGGGUUUUCCUGUCCAUUGACCCAGUGUGCUGACUUACUGGACCAGUAACCAUGUCCGCCUGCAGCACAUUCACAGAGCACGUGUGGAAACCAGGCGAGUGCAAGAACUGCUUUAAACCUAAAAGUCUGCACUGUCUGGUUCAGAGUGGUGGAGGAAAGCCUCCCUCUGAGCAGAGGCCUUCAACAAUUCAGCAACAGAAUCCACUCACUGCUGGGGCCAGAGCCAUCCCUCACCUUACCAACUCUCAGAGGGCUGUUAGUGGGUCGGCUCGCUCUGGAAACUUUCGCCCACCGGUAGCUAAGAAGCCAACCAUUGCUGUUAAGCCAACUAUGAUGCUGCCCUGCUCCUCUGCAGGGCUCGAUUUAGAUGGCAACCUUCAACCACCGCCAAAUGUAAUAGAACAGGGCAAAGCAUCUGCCUUUAGAAUCUGGAAUCGCAAUGGACUGAACCUUCAAACACCUAGUGGGCCCAGAAACAACAAUGAAGGAGAGGAUGGCAAUGAGGAGAUUGAGGGCUAUCGACAACUUAGCCCGAGGACUCCUAGUGGAAAUAAUAACAAUAGUGGACUGACAGAUGUCCUAAAGGAGAUUGCUGGGUUAUGUCCUGGCCGUAGUUCCCCACCCCUUUCUGGCUCCAAGGACAUGUUUUGGGGACGAAUCAGUAGUUCAUACCAACGGUCCUUGGAAAGAGGUCUUCUAGCCUCAAGCUGUCUGGCCAUGGGAAGUAGCAUUAGUGGUGGUUGUGGAACUGCUCAAAAACGGGUAUCCCUUAGUGACAGCGCCAAGAUCAUUAGCACAGAGGGUGGUCGCUUCUGCUACCCAGAAUUUUCCAGUGAAGAUGAAGAUGAUGAGGAUGAGAACGAAGAGACUGAAAGGGAUGAUGAUGAACAUGAGAGCUGGGAUGAAAGUGAUGAAGAGUUACUAUCGGUGGAGAUCCGUAUGAGAGGCCAGCCACGCUUUGCAAAUUUCCGAGCUGCCACAUUGUCUCCAGUUCCCUUUGCUGUUGGGAAAAAAUGGAAUACUGUGCCUCUUCGGAAUCGCUCACUUCAGCGGAUUUGUGCAGUGGACUACGAUGAUAGUUAUGAUGAGAUCUUAAAUGGAUACCCUUCCAAUUAUUCCAGUGGAGCUCUCUUUCCCUAUGGGUCACAUAACACGCAAGGUAGUUGUUUCCUUUCAAACUCAGAGUCUACCACUUCUCCAGAAUCAUCAUCAUCGCUACCAGAGGAUUCUCAAACAACUUCCAGCAGUGGGAGCAGUGCCCCCUUUGCUUUUAGAAAUGGCCUGCAUUCUCCCACCUCCCCUAAGGCACAGGUCCCCAUCACUUCACCUAUCAAAAAGGGGCCUGUCCACAGAGCACUGAGCCCACUGAAGGUGAAUGAAACACACAAGGCUGUCCUGGCCAUUAGAUUAGAAGACCAGGAUGGCAGAGAAGGCCUGCCAAUGCCCCAGGCACUUCCAGGUCAACCAGUGACUAUUAGUUUUAGUCCCACAGAGGAGCAAGCAAAACCAUACCGUGUAGUGAACUUGGAAAAAUCGCUGAUCUGUAAGCCUUACACUGUAGUGGAUGUGUCAGCAUCCAUGGCCAACAAAGACGAACAAAUUCCUGACUCUAUUCCAAAACCACAAAACCUGUCGAUGUCCUCCAGCCCUACAUCAUUCUCCAGUGCUCCUUUAGGUCAGCCUCUGUCUCCAAAAUCCCCUAUUUCUCCAUCUUCUUCUGUGAUGCCAACAUCACCCUCAUCUGGUGCUCCAUCAGUUACCUCCCGGAAGAAAUCCGGGAGUAUACGCUAUCAAGAAGUGUGGACAUCAAGCACAAGCCCGCGCCAAAAAAUACCUAAAGUAGAUUUAGGUGUUGGGCCUGGCCCCUCCAUCCCUACACAACACUUCAGCCACAAGUCAGCUCCCACUUCUCCGAUUGCUGGGCUGUCUUCCUCCCGAACUGUACCUGUGAAAUCCCCUAACUUAUCAGAGAUCAAGUUCAACAGUUUCAAUAAUGCAGGCAUGCCUCCAUUUCCCAUUAUUAUUCGCGAUGAGCCAGCCUAUGCUCGCAGCUCCAAGAAUGCAGUCAAAGUACCUAUUGUUAUCAAUCCAAGUGCAUAUGACAAUUUAGCUGUGUACAAGAGCUUCUUAGGACUCAGUGGGGAAAUCCCACAGCCAAAGGGGGUAGGUAAUAGGGUAGCCAGCCAUACAUAUGAAGAGAUUGGUUCCUCUGAGAGUGUCCAAUCCUCCUCAACAGAGAAAACUAUCUCUGGUACAGGCACAUCAGAGAGAGCUUCUUUUGAAGAGACAAAAGCUCCAGCUGAAGCCUCAUCCAAAGUACCAAAUUUACAACCUAGAACCACUACAGACUCUAGCACUGUGACAAGCACUGUGUUGAGCUCAAAAGUUGGGGCCCUCUCUCCCACUACGUCAACAAAUACCCCUGCCAUUCUUGCCAUUACUGCAAACUUACCUAAACCCAGCCCGACUGCCAAUUCUGUUACACGCACUUGCAACACAAGUGGAGAUGCCCCUUGCAGCAAUGACGAUGAUACAGAUCUAAUUUUGUCUUGUGGGCCAGUGGUAUAUCACAGGGAGGAGGCCAGUGCUGUACUUUCACAGAUUGUGGCCUCCAUCCAGCCUCCCCAAACUCCUCCAGAGUCCCCCUCAGCACAAGCCAACAACUUCAGUUCUGAGGAGCUGUAUGCCGUCCCGCCUGAUGCCAUGAAGGAGACCCUUACCCGACCCAAGUCUCUUUUUUCCACAACAGAUGGUUGUCUUUCUAAGCCCAAGAAUGACACGCCUUCAAAAGUUUUGUCUAAAUCCCAAAGUGCCUCUGCUUCUGUCCCACUCUCAAGCCCCCGCUCAGAACCCAGUGCCCCCUCCCCCCCUCCUAGGUCUACGUCUUCCCCAUACCACGCUUCUAACAUCCUUCAAAGACAUUUUGGCAACUGGACCAAGAGCUCUGCCUCCAGUUCUCCUUUAAGAUCCAGUGAAGGUGAAGGAAGUCCUGGUGGAGACGGCAGACGUAUUUCUGCAGAAAGCUCCAAACCCAAACGCUGGAUCUCCUUCAAGAGCUUUUUUCGUCGGCGGAGAGAUGAGGAUGAACAGAGAGAGAAAGUGGAGAAAGAGAAGGAGAAGGGAAAGUUGGUUGGGCUUGAUGGGACAGUCAUUCAUAUUCUUCCACCACCACCAAUCCAAAACCAUCACUGGUUCACUGAGGCCAAAGCAGAAGAUCCCACCCAGAAGCCAACCAUUAUCUUCACCUAUAAACCAGACAGUAGCAGCACCACUGGUGAUGGAGAGGGAGAACUACGAGUAGAGGAGUGCAGACAAACUUCACAACUGGCAUCUGAUGAGACCAAAGAAACCAGACCUUUGAGCCCAGGGAAGACGUCACCCUCCCAAAACACUGGAGUUGAUCUCAUCAGCAAGGACAUCAGCCAGGUACCGGUCAGUGCCAGCAAUGCAAAGGAUCGGGAUGUACUCGGUGCCCCCUAUCAAAGUGCCAGAGUGAAUCUGGGUCUGCUGCUUGGGGAGGGCGAGGAGAGCCAUGCCAACCAGCUCGCCACCCCAGCUUCAACCAGCGAGGGAAGCGCCAGCCUCGGAGAGCCAGAGGAGGACGGGAAUCACUCCCAUCACUCCCACUCUCCUGCCUCCAGCCAAUGCAGCGCCACAUACAGCAACAUCGGUCAAUCCAGAGCCAACAUGAUCCCGCUGAAACAACCAAGGAAACAAGCAUCCACUGACACCUUGGCUUCCAUCGACCUGGACGGACCGGCCGACCAGCCAGCCCAUUAUGCCACACCACCACCACUACCCAAGAAGGGUGUACCUCGCCCCAGCACCGACUCAGCCCAGAGACCCCGGGCUGAAGCUAAACCUGGGGGCACCAACCUCAGUGUGGCCAAUCCUCUGUACGACUUGGACUCCACCUGGGAGACGGCAAGCCAGAGCUCCUCCCUCAGCUCCGAGCCUCAUCGAUCCCACAAUCAGGAAAGCGGCGACUCACUAGAGAGACCCUCAGCUGCUGCAGCCACCAACAGGGGCCACCCGACGAACAGCACGUCCUCCAUGGUUCCUCCGCCGGCGUCUGCUGCACCCAGCGCCACCGGCAGAGAGAGGAGACCCUACCCAAGUACUGAGUCUCUAGCUGGAAGGGGUCGGGCCACAGGUCGAGUCUCUGGUACUGGAGGAGGAGGUGGCUCCAAACCACAGAGACCUGCUCUUUACAGAGGUCUGGACAGCUGGGACGAGGUGGUUGGGAAGAUCCGGGGUCUCCACACAGACACGCUGCGGAAGCUGGCCACGAAGUGCGAGGACCGUUUCAUGGCUGGCCAGAAGGAUCACUUGAGAUUUGGGACUGACAGCUGGUCCCUUUUCAGACUGACCACUGGGAAACCCUGCUGCGAGGCGGGUGAUGCUGUUUACUACACUGCUUCCUAUGCCAAGGACCCACUGGUCAACUACGCUAUCAAGAUUUGUCGCAGCAAAGUGAAGGAGACCCAACAGCAGUUCUUCCACAGUCUUGCAGUGAGACAGAGCCUGGCCUUGCACUUCAACAUCCAGCAGGACUGUGGUCACUUCCUGGCCGACGUUCCGGCACGCCUGCUGCCGUGGGAGGAGGAAGAAGAUCAGGAGGAGGAAGAUGAUGAUGAGGAGGAAGAAGACGCGAGUGGGCUGAAGGACAAAGAGAAAGAAACUAAGACCGAGGCCAAGGCGACAGACUAUAAAGCACCGAAUGGUAAAUUACACGAAACCCCAGCAACGGGUCACACAAACACGGCCAAUCGCUUGAGGAGCCGAGUGGUGGUCAUCACACGCGAGGUGCCCUUCCAAACGGUGGCAGAUUUUGUGCGAGAGGGUGUCGCUCGCCACACUCACAACCCGGAGCUGUACGAGCGGCAGAUCUGUCUCCUGCUGCUCCAGCUGUGCUCCGGCCUGGAGCACAUGAAACCCUAUCACGUGACGCACUGUGACCUGCGACUGGAAAACCUGCUGCUGGUCAACUGCCAACCUGGCAACCCCUGGAACCUGGACUUACUCGAGCCCAACAACAACAGCAACAGCACCAGCAGCUCGGGUGCAAACUCCACUGGUGCUGUGGCAGCUGCCGCCAAUGCCACGUGUCCCGCCCGCCUCAUCAUCAGUAACUUCUCCCAGGCAAAGCAGAAGAGCACUCUCAUGGCUGCCGACCCCACCACGCUGAGGGACCAGUCGCGCCUGGCGCCAGAGAUCGUCACGGCAACCCAAUACCGCAAAUGUGACGAGUUUCAGACCGGGAUUCUCAUCUACGAGAUGCUGCACCAGCACAAUCCCUUUGAGGAGAUGCCCGAGCUCAAGGAGAGGGAGUACACCUGGGCUGACCUGCCGCCGCUGCCCGUCAGGUCGCUCUACUCACAGGGCCUCCACCAGCUGGCCAGGUUACUGCUCACCGUCAACCCCUCUGAGAGGAUACGCAUGUCCGAGGCCCGGGCCUGCCUGCAGUGCCUCCUCUGGGGCCCUCGGGAGGACCUGUUCCAGGCGCUGGGCUGCAGCAGCAUAGGCCCCAUGUCAGGGGCCACAGCCAGCCAGCGCGAGGCCACACUCCAGAACUGGUUGGACCUGAAGCGGACGCUGAUGAUGAUCAAGUUUGCCGAGCGCUCGCUGGACACAGCUUGUGGCGUGAGCCUGGAGGACUGGCUUUGCUGCCAGUAUCUGGCGUUUGCCAACACGGACACCCUGAGCCGGGUGGUGCACAUCCUGCAGCUGCCGCAGCCGCAUCAAAAGUCCCAGAGCCAGCCGGCACAGAACCAAACUUCAACCCAGACACAUCAAGCAAACACCUUCCACGCUACUCAGUCACAGCCACUCUGAGCUCCUCUCCUCAACUGUUACUAUAGCAACUGAUCCAACGUUCCCCUGGGUGGUACCUCGGCAAAUGUUAAAGAAAGGGGGAUGGAAGCUAAUUGUCAGCUUUGACUGUGCAGCAGCCGCAGGGGCUCACAACAAACCGGCUGGUCGUCCACUGUCUUUGUUGUUGUCAUGGACAAAUCAAUCCCCCUAGCUCCCGCCAAACAGCUCGGCUUCAUGAUCAGGGUCAUUCAUAUCCCUCAGAUCAGCAACUGCCUCAUCCAGUGACCGUCUCACAUGGUUUUCAGACUUUAAAGGAAGCUGAUGCAGAGUUAUUUGUUUCUUAGCUUUUCUUCUCACAUGUGAUUUAAACUAAACCAGAUCUGGAUUGAAGAAAUUAAUUAUAAAUGUGAGGGAUGUUCAUGUUCUGUAUUUUCUUCAGCCAAAUUCUGAAAAAGUUGUGGCAUUCAUUAGGUACAGUUGGCGGCCGUCUCUGUGCUUUAUUCGAGACAGAAUCAAAUGGAAUUAAAUAAAAACUUUAUAUUGUAACACAUGAAUAUUUUACAAGUUUCACCAGACUUCUGAAGAGGCACCACAGUUAGAGUUUUUGGAGAGGAAACUUGAAAUCAUCAGAAUUUGUAUUCUCCAAAUGAUUUAGGUCUUUGUUACAUUUAAGCAGCAGUUCAAGAUGCAGAUUACAUUUUUUUUAUGAAUAGAAAAAGAGAAGUGAAGGAAAAUUAUUUGAUAUGAAGGCAAUGUGGGGAAAAAGUCAAAACGAAUAUCCUCUUCAAAAUUGGAGCAGAAGUGGUCAGAAGCAGAAUUUGCCCUUUUCAAAAUCAAAUCUAAUCAGGGUCAGAUAUUUUUUUAAAUAAAGUGAUAAAAAAAGUGAAAUAAGUUCCACUGAAGCCAAAGAUUGAGCACAAAUGGUUUUAUUUAAUUUUAAAGAAACUUUAAAGAUUUUUUUUAGCAGAGGUUUAUUUCAUGAAUACAGUAAGAUGUUAUUUAACAAUAACUAGAUUUAUUGUUUGAACAGAUGAGGCUGAGUUAAAUGUCACUUUAAAAUCAUUACUUUACAAUAUUAUUAACCUUACACUUCAGGUUUUCCUGAUUGAGAGUAAGUGAUGAACCCUGAGCUGAUUUAUUUUUUUGCAGUUUUCCAAGCACAGUUAAAAAGUUUUAGACACUUGGAAAGUUUAAAUGGAUCACAACUGCCCCAGCUGUUGGUUUGGUUUCUCCUCGGAGGAAGGUGCAAUUGUUUUAUCUUCUGUUGUUUCUUUUGGAUGUAACAGUGUGUGAACGUUUGCUCAACAGUAUGCAGUCUUUUACUAAUCCUCUUCUCUAUUUGUUUUGUGGCACAUAAACUGAAUCAUUUCAGUUCAGUCCUGCGACAUCAGAAACAAAGUGAAUUUCAUUGUUCAAGUUUUUUUUUCUUCCAGCGGACGGGAUGUUUGGGAGGACUGCAAAACGUUCUUCUUUGUCUGUUGUGUUGUUUUUGUCAAGUUGUGUCGGAACGGUUCUGUGCGUUACAGACGACAUUUGCACAUUCGGUCUGAACGUUGGUGCUCCUUGAUGGAGACUGAAGACACGAUGAGGAUGAUGAUGAUGCACGAGAGACUGAAAGAAGUUCCUGUGAUUUUGAAGAGCUGGAUAUGUUGUUUUGCAGUGAGUGGAAUCUUUUUUUUUUUUGUUUGUUUGUUUUUUUGCCUGGACUGAAACAGACACUGGGGCCUUGUCUCAUCAACUUCUGAUCUUCCACUCUGUGAACCACUUAGCUUCACACGUAUGAACUAAUAGUUCAACCGCAGCCUUGAAGAGAAACUGCUCAACCACUGAGGCUUCCAUUCCUCCGGCCACGUUUCCCCCCCGUCCUCCUGUCGUAGCACCGCGGCUCGACAGACCCUAUGUGCUUCAACUAAACAAGCUCUUUGUUAUUGAUCAGUAACUUCCUGCCUGGAGUCAGUGCAAGCAGCGCGUACAUUCAAGUCAAAUUUCUAUCAUUUUUGGAGUUUUGUGCACAUGGGUUUAUUCGUGGUUAUGAUGAACACCCACAUUGAAAAACAUCUGUGAGUCAGAACUGUUUGCUUCAGUGCAGAAUGUUCCCUUGACAUGGACGAUGUUUACAAACAUACUGACUGCAAGACAUCCACAAGUUUAGUCUUUUCUUUCUCGAUCAUAUCCAAAACCUGCAGCAGUUCAUCUUCUCACGGAGGAGCAAAUGUACGUUUUGGGAUCAGGAUCCUGUUCGUUUUACUGCAGAUGUACAGAACAAGAGCUUGUUGCUGCGUUUUAGGGUUUGUGUUCUAAGGAAUGUGUGUGGACAGCACUGGUGGCUGUCCUUGUAUCUAGAGAUUUAAGCCUUUAUAUAUUAUAUAUAGUAUAAAUACACAUAUAUAAUCUUUAUCUAUUUUAAUCCACACACUAUUUUGUCAAGUACAGAGCACCUGUAUUUCUGUCGUUAGAGUCCAAAUAUCAUUUAUUCAUUUGUUUCAAGUUUUACUUGACGUUCCUGAUUCUGGCUUGUUUUGGUGAGUAGCUAUCACUGUCCUGAACAGAGGAUAAAUAGAACUCAAUCUCACUCUUCAGGCACAUUCAUGUACAGAACAAUGUACAGUAUUGUUACCCCUCUGCUGAGGAGAUGAACCACUUUGAAAUGAGGCUGAAGGAGGAUAACGGAACGUACCAUGAAAAACCAAGCAUUUAUCGACAGCAAAUAUUCAGCUUCCUGUGUUGUACUUUUUCCCUUUGCUCUGUUUUCUCUCGUUGCGUUGUUUAUUGCCACUGAACAGAAAAACGGAAGCUCUCAGAGGAUUUCUAUUGAAAUGUGUACAGUAUGUCUCCUGGCUUGCCGCCCUUUAUUGUUGAUGGAGUUAACCGACAGUAACAGAACAAUAAAUAUAUGUUUUUAUAGAUCAA